AUGUCAGCAAGAGGAAAGGGAGGAAAGGGAUUGGGAAAAGGAAGAGCGAAGAGCGAAGAGACGCAAGAAAGUUCUGAGAGACAACAUUCAAGGAAUUACCAAGCCUGCGAUCAGGCAUCUUGCUCGCAGAGGAGGUGUGAAGCGAAUCAGCGGUUUGAUCUACGAAGAAACGAGAGGAGUUCUGAAGGUCUUUCUCGAGAAUGUUAUAAGAGACGCUGUGAUGUAUACUGA